CUUAACCAUCCAACUAUUUAACUGGUGGAUAAACACCUAUUAGAGCGACAUACUAAUCAUGCCUGGCGAACCGAGCUUCCAGUCCCCGAGCUAUUCACCUCCCGAUCUUUCGCAUCACCUUUCUAUCGAAGCGAGGGCCCGGUUGCCCAACCCUAUGAAGGCGAUAUGGAAAGUCGCCCAAGGUAAACCAGGCGCUAUCAGCCUAGCGAAUGGCGACCCCCACCAUUCUCUGUACCCCAUUCAUAAGAUGGAGUUCGAGAUUCCUUCGAUAGCCUCCGAGGAUCCUGUUCGGGCGUGGCGGGCGGGCACAGGCGGUUCCCAGAUUAUCGGCGCUUCCAGGGAUGACCCUGGACCGAGCUCGAGCAGGGUCAGCCUGAAUAAGGCGAUGGCGUACACGACAGGCGCCGGUCUGCCAGAAACCCAGGAUGUCCUCGCGAAAUUCACGGAUAUCUUCCACCAUCCGCCAAACCACCGCGUCACCCCUUCACUAGGCAAUUUCGACGCCGUCACCAAAUGCUUCCGCCUCCUUGGAGAGCAUGGCGAUAGUUUCCUGGCCGAUGAAUACACCUUUAGCGCGCUCACGAACGCGGCGUUGCCACACGGAAUCAGAUGGGUUCCCGUAGAAAUUGAUGCGGGAGGGCUGAUUCCGGACAAGCUGGACGCUCUGAUGCAAGGAUGGAAUACGGCAACUCGCGGCCGCAAACCCCAUGUUCUGUACCUUACCCCAUCUGGCCAAAACCCCACAGGGUCCACCCUGACCUUGGAGCGCCGGCAGCGUAUCUAUGCGCUGUGCAGGAAAUGGGAUUUGAUCAUCAUUGAAGAUGAUCCAUAUUAUUUCCUGCAGUAUGAGAUCACCGCAGCUGGGCUCUCUCCAGAGGAGCCUGGAUUCGCGACCCGCUAUGCGAAACAGUUCACCCCAUCAUUCCUUUCAAUGGACGUCGAUGGGCGCGUGCUUCGCAUCGACAGCUUCAGCAAGAUUCUCGCGCCAGGCAUGCGCCUUGGCUGGAUCACCGCCAGCCCUCUGUUCACCGAAAAGCUCGUCAUAUAUACCGACUCUUCCACCAUGCAUCCCCAUGGCUUCGGCCAAGUCUUCGUCCUCGAACUGCUAGGCGAGCGCGGAUGGGGCGUCGACGGCUUCGCUCGCUGGCUGAGCAGUCUCCGCGAGGAUUACAAGCGUCGGCGGGAUGCGUUCCUGCAGACCUUCCAGGACGAAGUGGAGGCUAAGGCGCCAGGACUGGCUGAGAUAUCGCCCCCUCAGGCCGGGAUGUUCUUCUGGAUCAAGGUCAACCUGCAGAAGCAUCCUCGCGCUGUUCCCGCGCAGAGUUCGAACGACGAUGCUUCAACCCACAAUGCAUCUGCUCUCAUGGAAGAACUGUUCUACGAGCUUCUCGAGGCUGGUUUGGUCAUGAUGCCCGCAUCUAUCUUCGCCAUCAAGCAAGAAGGACAGAAAAGUCAGAUCGAGGAACGCCUCAACUACUUUCGUGCCACGUUCGCCGGGACAGAGGAAACGGUGAAGCAGGGUCUCAGCAUCUUCGGCCCCACACUUUCGAAGUUCUUCCGCGACGAAAAGGCAGCUUGAGCUGGAGCUAAUCAUAUAGAGCAGUCUAGAAUAUGUACCCGUAGAGAUUGCAUUGUAUACACACUCUCGCACUUAUGUAUCGUAAUAUAUAUUUUUCCCCGC